AUGGCGGCCCCGAAAGAACAAACAGAGGCGCAAAUAGCCCACCAAGCCCUCCUCGACGAGCUCGACAUCCACUCAAUCCACAAGAGCUUCCGCAACCCGUCCUGGCGCCCCAACCAGCGUCGCAACAAGAACAUCAAGACUAUCCUCGGUGACGCCUCUCGACGCGAGGCCUCGGCCAUGGCCACCCCUCAACAAGACGACAGCGGCGCGGGCACCCCAGCGGCCGGUCAGCAGGACGAUGGACUCUCUACGAGCGGUACAUCGACGCCUGCGAACGGCAAGGAUGCCAACACAUCAGGCCUGCCGCCGAAUCUGGCCCAGGCCUCGCGCAGCCUGUCGAAACUCGUCCUCGAAAAGAGUUUGCGUCCCAACGGAGGAGCUUCGGCGCCCAGUGUCACAUACACCAACAUCGAGUCGGCACCGUCGCUGGCACACGGCAAGCGGUACUGCGAUAUCACGGGCCUGCCUGCGCCGUACCUCGACCCCAAGACGCGCCUGCGAUAUCACGACAAGGAGGUGUUUGGGCUCAUUCGAAGCCUGCCUCAGGGCGCGGCAGAGCAAUACCUGGAAGCCCGAGGAGCGCAUACCGUCCUCAAGUAA